CUCUUCUUUGUUUUUUUUUUUUUUUUUUUUUCUUUUCCUUUCUUGAGUUUUGAGGGGCAUAAAUGAUAUUUUGGCUUUUUAGCAGGACCUUUUUUGGGCACUAUCGUGUGGACCACCUUCCAUGGGUUUCUAACUAGUAAAGCUUCUCUCUCUCAGGAGGUGAACACUUCAUUCUUGUAUUCACUUUGAAAGCGUGGAAAACAAGAGUCUUAGAUGAAUCAUUCUGUUUCAGACAAGCUUGAAAACAAGGAACAGGACAUUACUGACCAGCAAUCCUCAUGCCCUCAGGCCAAUGACUUGCCAUACAUUAAUAGGGUGAGGUUGGCUCCUCGGCGGAAACUCCAUCAGGAAUUCACUUCUUCAUUGAAGGAAACAUUCUUCCCCGACAACCCUUUGCGCCCUUUCAAGGACCAACCGAGGUCGAGAAAGAUUGUCCUUGGCCUUCAGACCUUGUUCCCCAUACUCGAAUGGGGGAGACAUUACAACUUACAUAAGUUCAAAGGUGACUUUAUUGCAGGGCUGACCAUUGCAAGUCUUUGUAUUCCUCAGGAUAUUGCGUAUGCACAGCUUGCAUAUUUGAAACCCCAAUAUGGGCUAUACUCUAGUUUCGUUCCGCCGCUGAUUUACGCAUGCAUGGGGAGUUCGCGCGACAUUGCCAUCGGACCAGUAGCAGUUGUGUCUCUCCUGCUGGGGACUUUGGUCCACAAUGAGGUUGAUUCUGCUAAAAAUCCAGAUGAGUACCUCCGGCUUGUAUUCACUGCAACAUUCUUUGCUGGGAUCACUCAAGUCACACUUGGAUUUUUUAGAUUAGGAUUCUUGAUCGACUUCCUAUCUCAUGCGGCCGUUGUUGGGUUCAUGGGUGGGGCAGCCAUCACAAUUGCUCUGCAACAGCUCAAAGGUUUCCUUGGCAUAAACAAUUUUACUAAGAAGACGGGUAUUAUUUCAGUUAUGCGUUCGGUAUGGAGUUCUGUACAUCACGGGUGGAAUUGGCAGACAAUCCUCAUAGGAUCAGUCUUCUUGGUUUUCCUUCUAGUUGCCAAAUACAUUGGGAAGAAGAAGAAGAGCCUUUUCUGGGUGCCUGCAAUCGCCCCUUUGAUCUCUGUUAUUCUCUCGACCUUUUUCGUGUAUAUUACACAUGCAGAAAAGCAUGGUGUUAAAAUUGUGAAAGACAUACAAAAAGGUAUAAAUCCAUCAUCCUUGGAACAAAUUCAUUUCAGUGGUGAAUUUGCUGCGAAGGGUUUCAGAAUUGGUGUAGUGGCUGGUAUGAUAGCAUUAACGGAAGCUACAGCAAUUGGAAGAACAUUUGCAGCUAUGAAGGACUAUCAGAUAGAUGGAAACAAAGAAAUGGUGGCCCUUGGGGUUAUGAACAUUGCUGGUUCAAUGACUUCUUGCUAUGUGGCAACAGGUUCCUUCUCCCGCUCUGCGGUGAAUUACAUGGCCGGCUGCCAAACAGCUGUCUCUAACAUUGUGAUGUCAGCAGUGGUACUCCUAACUCUAGAACUGAUCACACCCCUCUUCAAAUACACCCCAAAUGCUAUACUCGCAUCUAUCAUUAUCUCUGCCGUGAUUAGCCUAAUCGACUAUGAUGCUGCAAUCCUUAUAUGGAAAAUUGAUAAACUGGACUUCAUUGCCUGCAUGGGGGCCUUCUUUGGUGUGGUUUUUGUGUCUGUUGAAAUUGGACUCUUGAUUGCGGUCGCAAUAUCAUUUGCAAAAAUACUUCUUCAAGUGACCAGACCACGGACUGCUGUACUUGGUAACCUCCCAAGUACAAGCAUAUACCGUAACAUAGAACAGUAUCCCGAUGCAAAAAAGGUUCCUGGGAUGCUUAUUGUGAGAGUUGAUUCGGCAAUCUACUUUUCCAACUCCAACUAUGUUCGUGAAAGGGUCCUAAGAUGGUUGAGUGAUGAAGAUGAACAGCUGAAAGCGAACAACCAACCAAGAAUCCAGUUCUUGAUCAUGGAAAUGUCACCUGUUACUGACAUUGACACCAGCGGCAUCCAUUCCUUGGAGGAGUUAUAUCGGAGUCUCCAAAAGAGAGAAGUUCAGGCCAUUGACAAAAGAGCAAUGAACUCCAUAUCUUGGAAUUUUUGCGGCAGAAUAACCCACGAUGGUGCAAUGAGAUUCUGUUCUUGAUAACUGAUCCAUGGCCCUUGUACUCUUGGUUGCACUAGGACACUAUUCACAUUAUGAUGUGCUGAAGCUGCAAAGAGAGAAGGGAAGAGAUUACCUCUUUAGAUAAAGAUUUAACAUUUAGAUGAGGCGAGAACAUGUUUUCUGUAGGCUGCAUGAACAAACAAGAUUGCAGAUACUUGGGACAAGUUCCAACCCAUGGGUUUGUCAAACCCUGGUGCUAUGAUUUGCAACUGAAUGCCCCUAGGAUACGGCCUACAAUGAUAAUCAGCACUGAUUGCACCUUCGAUCCAAUCCAGUGACCCAAAAGAUGGGCUAUUUGCUUAACCAAAGGAAAGAACUUAGAGAGAAGAAGAAAAGAUCCAUUUUUCUGUGUUUUCAAAAUGAGAAAGCUGUAUACAUUAAGAUCAAGCCCAGGUCUGGCCAACUUGGCACAUGCACAUGUGAAAAAUUGCACAAGUCAUAGCCAUCCCCAUGCACUUCAAUGCAUAGUCUCUAGAAUGAGCUCAGGCCCUUAUGCAUCAACCUUUACUUCGUCAUCGUCAUCAUCAUCUAAGCCAUAUCCUAAUUAAUUGGGGUCAGCUACAAGAAUCCUGUUCCGCCAUUCCACUCGAUCAAGGGCUAGGCCUUUAGUUAGACCAUAGGUCAUUAAGCCUUUUUCUUAAUACCUGCACCUAUGCCUUUUUGGGCCUUCCCUUUGCCCUUUUAGAGCCUUCAACUUGUACCAAUUCACUCAUUCUAACUGGCAUGGUUCUUGGUCUCUGUUGCAUAUGAUCAGACCAUCCAAAUGUACUUUCCUUCAUCUUAUUACCUAUUUGUGUUAAUCCA